AUGUCGUCCUCCAAAGCAGCAGACUACGGAAGGCUGAUGAAGCCGGAUGAGAACCACCCACAAUCUCAUGCAGGGUUCUCCCUGGUUUGGUCCCCCGCCUCCCUGUCGCCGCCGUCCCCGCCGGCGGUGGGCUCGUCUGAGAAGAGGGGCCGCCGGAAGCCGGCGGAGCCCGGCAGGUUCCUCGGCGUGAGGCGGCGGCCUUGGGGAAGAUACGCGGCGGAGAUAAGAGACCCCACCACCAAGGAGCGCCACUGGCUCGGAACCUUCGACACCGCCCAUGAAGCCGCCCUCGCCUACGACCGCGCCGCCAUCGCAAUGAGAGGUCCGCAAGCUCGCACCAACUUCCUCUACGCCGAGAGGGCCUUCGCAGCGCCGCCGCCGCCCCCGCCUCCGGUGGUGGCUCCGGUGACGCUCACUUCGCUUCCCUGCCACCACCCGGCUGCUGACUUCAUCUGCCAGCCCGACUGCCACACCUGCUCGAGGUCCCUCUUCGAGCCAGCGGUGGCUGCCGGCGGCGGCGUCGCCUGCGAUGACGUUAGCGACCUCUUCAUCUCCGGCGGCCGCGAUUCCGGUUAUCUGAGCAGCAUCAUCCCCGAUUGCUGUCUCCGGCCGGCCAGGUCUCCCGCCGCUACCGACUCGUCUUCCCCAUUCUCCGGCGAGUACCCAGCGGGCUCCAUGAGCUGCGGGGGCGGCGCCGUCGCCGCUGCCGGUGCAAGUGCGAUCAUAGAAAACGGCUGGCCGUGGGUGGACGAGCCGCUCUGGCAGGCGGACGCGUGUGACGACAUCCCCAUGCACGGUGGCGCGGGGGGCGAAGUGGCCUUCUGUUCGUUCACCCAAGGCCACGUGUACGAGUCAACGCCACAGCCCGGAGAGGCCUAUCCUCCGUCGGUCAACUUCUCCCCGGCCGACGUGUUUGACCUGGGUUACACUCUGUUCUGA